CAGGCUAGAUUUAAGUCUUUUCCAGGUGUGCGGGUUUCUUACGGCGAAGGACAGGUGCUGGUAGUACACUUGACAUAAUCAGGUAGCCUCCCAAACCAGGGCACCACGGCCUCCCAAUUCUCAACACGUGACUGAUUGCUCCUCACACCUGGAAGCCCCUGGAGUCUUUGAGCCGGGCCCCAGGAAUUGCUGAAACGCCCACUGAAUGAAUGAAGCUACAACAGCCCGGCUGCUUCGGCUCUCCGUUAUGGCAACGGAGCCACCAUCCCCCCUCCGACUUGAGGCGCCCGGCCCCCCAGAAAUGCGGACCCCACCGGUGAGCGAAGCCCCCCCCGAGGGCACCCCGAAGCCGGCAGGCGGCAGGCUCUGCUUCCUCAACGGAUGCGUGCCCCUCUCGCAUCAGGUGGCUGGGCACAUGUACGGGAAAGACAAAGUGGGUAUCCUGCAACAUCCAGAUGGCACAGUUUUGAAACAGUUACAGCCACCUCCAAGGGGUCCAAGAGAGCUGGAAUUCUAUAAUAUGGUUUAUGCUGCUGACUGUACUGAUGGUAUUCUUUUAGAGCUACGAAAAUAUUUGCCAAAAUAUUACGGCAUCUGGUCACCUCCCACUGCACCGAAUGAUUUAUACUUAAAACUGGAAGAUGUGACCCAUAAAUUUAAUAAGCCCUGCAUAAUGGAUGUAAAGAUAGGGCGAAAGAGUUAUGAUCCUUUUGCCUCAUCUGAGAAGAUUAAGCAACAGGUCAGCAAGUACCCAUUAAUGGAAGAGAUUGGGUUCUUGGUGCUUGGCAUGAGGGUUUACCAUGUUCAUUCUGACAGCUAUGAGACACAAAACCAGCACUAUGGAAGAAGCUUAACAAAAGAAACUUUAAAAGAUGGAGUCUCCAGGUUUUUUCAUAAUGGAUUCUGUUUAAGAAAAGAUGCGGUUGCUGCCAGUAUUCAGAAGAUUGAAAAUAUUCUGCAGUGGUUUGAAAAUCAGAAGCAGCUUAAUUUUUAUGCAAGUUCAUUACUGUUUGUUUAUGAAGGUUCAUCUUGGCCAACUACUACAAAAUCGAAUGACAGAACUUUGGUAGAAAAACUUCUGUCCAAAGGGCAACUGUCAGACACAGAAGUACUAGAGUACAAUAAUAACUUUCAUGUGUUAAAUUCCACAGAGAAUGGAAAAAUAGAUGCUUCGGUAGGCAAAAGCCUCUCCAAGAUGUAUGCUCGUCAUAGAAAAAUGUGUUCAAAAAGGCAUCACAGUCAGACUUCAUUGAAAGUUGAAAAUAUAGAGCAAGACAAUGGGUGGAAAAGCAUGUCACAGGAACAUUUAAAUGGAAAUGUACUUUCCCAACUGGAAAAAGUUUUCUAUCAUCUUCCCACUGGUUGCCAAGAGAUUUCAGAAGCAGAAGUGCGAAUGAUAGAUUUUGCUCAUGUGUUCCCUAGCAACUCAAUAGAUGAGGGAUAUGUUUAUGGGCUGAAGCAUUUAAUUACCGUACUGCAAAGUAUUUUAGACAAUUGAAUCCUUUGCUGCAGUCUUUGUAAAGGAUGGGGCAACCAUAAGAGCAGCAGUCAAUAUCUCUGUACUUGUAAAGCUAUGUAAAAAAUUUAUAUUGUGAGUCUACAUUUUGUCUUUAUACUUUUGGUAGGAGGGUUAUCUUUUUUAUAAUCUUACUCAGGAAAACUAAUUAUUUGCUCAUUAGAAAACUAUGAAGAAUAAAGAAACUUAGGAAUCUUAAGCAGGGAAUGUGGUGGUACAUGGCUUAAACAUCUGGCUGAACCAAGAUGCAAACCAUUAUUCAGUCAUUAAGAGUUUAUUUAGCUUUCUGUAGCCAAUUUGUCAUGAAGUCUCUGUCCACUGAACCUUGACAAUGAGCCAUAUCUAAACUCAUUAAAUUAAUGGAACACUUUUAAAAAUCUAGAAAGCACAGGUUGAUGUCCUUGGUAUUACUAUGUAUGAAGUCAUUAAAACUGGAGAAAAUUCUACUUCAGAACAAUUAAGUACUGUUUAGGUUUUAUGUUAAAAGUUCAGACCAGCAUAUCAAAAGGUGCUUCUUAGUAAAGCAAUUUAGAAUUAUUGCAUUCAAAAAGCAGAUUUUCUCUUUUAAUUUCCAUUAAAAUGGGUAUUUCAAUAUAUUAUACUUAAUGAGAAAAAUAAUUAAACAACAAAAAUCUUGAAAUCAAUGUCACUAAUUAUUCUUGUCGGGGUUAGGAGAAGAAAUAAGUUAUUUGCAAGGAACAAAAUGGUUUUCUUUUAAAAUCUUUCAUUGAUGUGAAAAUUGGAAUCUAUAUUUACUACAUUUGAAAAGUGCUGUAAAACGUAUAAUACCUUUUGCUCUAAAUGCAGCUUUAAAAGGUAGAUGAUUGAAGCUUUGUCUUAUUUCUCCUUUAAAUAGCUUGAGAAUUUUCUCAUUUAAAAUUCAUGUAUUUAUAUGUCCCCAUUUAGUUCAACAGUAUAAAUAUAUGUUGCCAAAAAAGUGCUUCUCAGAAUUUUAGAAAGCAAUGAAGGACACCAUCAAGUAUUAUGUUAUCAAAAGUACUAUGUAAAUUAGUGCAUCUCUAUGAGUUUGGUGCAUAUCUAAAUUCAUGCUUCUAUGUCACUCUUAAACAGUUCUUUACCCUAUUCCAGAGAGAAAUUAUGAUUUAAUUUUGUGAUAGGUGGGGGGAAUGCUAUUUUUCCUGGAAAAAUGAGAUUUUUAAGUAUUAUCUGCAUUUCACAUUUACCACCUAAAAGGAUUUACAAAUAUGUUAGCUGUUUAUGAAAGCAUUAAUUGUACUUUGACUUACUAAUAACACAUCUAAAUAGUUAACAGUUUUGCCAUAUUCCUGAAAAAUGUUUUAGAUUUGUGGGCUGUUGGACUUUUCCCUCUUUUUCCCUCUAGAAUUACAAAUUAAAGUUUUAAACUAAGCAGCUUUUUUUGGUCUGAGGAAAGUAUCACAAUUUUAUCUUUAUCUCUAAGCGUACUUUGCAAAUAUCUGAGCACAGACAGAAGUACCAAAUGCUCUAUGAUUCUGUGUUUGGUAAAUCUAUUAAACCUAAAUUACUUUAAAAUUCAUAUACAUUUUGUUAGAGCAAAAAAAAAUUUUUUUUUUAGAGUCAGUAUAAGUAUUUUUCGUAGAGACUUCAUAUUUUUCUUACUGCCUAAAUGGGUAUUGGCUAUAGCUUUUUGGGGGAGAUAAAUUUCAAGUGCUCAUAAAUAGUCAAAUUUUUAAUUUUACCUUUUUUCUCCUACAGUAUAGACUUCUGUUGUUCUUAUUUGGACAGUAGUUCAGUAAGUCUUAAUAAGCUCAGAUAAUUAAUAAUUUUGAGUCUUUUAAUAAGAAUUUUUUUGUAAGGGAUGGUAUCGGUCUCUGUACAGUAAAUUUAAUAAAUCUAAGUAUUACCAGACUUUUGCACAUUUUAGCUCAAUAAAGUGUGAAUCCGCUUUCUAGAUUUUCUUUAUCCAUAUUUGGAAAUACAGUUUUGGAAAAAUCAGUGUCUUACCUUUUUGAUACAGUAGAUAAUCUUGGUUUUAAUAAAACAAAAAGCGCUUUUAUCAUUUGUUUUUCAGGGAAGGGAUUAACAUUUAAUUCUGUUUGUUUACAUUUUUAUCACUAUUAUCCAAUGCCCAUUUUAUGUUACAUUAUAAGUAAUCUUACAUAUCACAGAGGAAGUAUCUGUUUAUGUAUUCUAGAUGUGAAUAUUUUACUGUCUAGCCCAGUUUAACAUUAUGUUUAGCCAUUUAACAUUAUGCUGAAAUUUACCACUGUGGAGAAGAAUGAUCACUAUUCACCAACCAUAUUUAAACAUGUACAUGUUUAAGAAAUAAGCAUAAUAAGGAUAUAGUUUGGGUUAAUAGGAUUAUCAUAGGUUUUUUUUCCCCCUAGGAAACAUAAAUAAUGAUUUUAGUGUAUUUCUUAUGGAAUGCACUCAUGAAAAGGACUUUAAGAGAUUGUGGAUAGUAUAAUAAUACAUUUCUCUAAUAAAAAUUUAAAUUGUAUAAUAGUUUUAUAAUAAAGUAUUUACACUAAUAUUUUAAUAUGGAUAGAAGUUGCAUAGAUUCAGAUAAAUUAAAAAUUGAUAAAUGCUAAAUAUUUUAUCUAAAUAGUUUUUCAAGAAACAGUUGUGAAAAUGUGUAUAUUAAGUGGCUCUAACAUGGAGCUUUGUGGUCUUUUCAACUCAGUAUUCAUUACUCUUUGUUUCAUAUGUCUAGAAAGAUCAUACUUAGUAUUCCUCUUUACACUACAAUUUGCUAUUAUGGGGCUUUAGAUUGUGUUAAACUGAAUAAGAACUUUUUUUUCUGAUUUUCAGUAUAAUUUACUAUUUUAUGAUUUCUAAGGCAGUGUUUUUCAUAUUAUCUCUAUAAUAUCUAUAUACUGAUAAUAUAACUUAAGAAAAAGUGAUUUUCAAAGAUUUCAGUUGUAAUUUUCAUAUUUCAUGCAACUGAAAACUUUUGUUUCUAGGAUUUGGAAUAUUGUAGAAAAUACAGGAUGAAAGAAAAUGGUAUGAAACAAUUUUAUUUGAGAAAUUACUGUUUUUAAAACACUGUCAUCAUUUUAGUAUUCUCUUAACAGACCAUUUGAUACUUUAAAACUUGAUUUGCUCUUAAAAUUGUUUACAAUGCUUUGUAAUAAUCUUUCUUAUUCAGUGCCUUUAACCUUGAUUUGAUAUGAUUGUAGCCUCAGUUAUCAUUCCACUACAUCCUGCAAUAUUUUUAUAGCCUAGACAGCAAUUUGUUUAAAAAAAAAAAUGUCAAUUUGAUCAUGUAAAGAGGUAGCAAUUGUCUAUCAAUGCUUUGGGAAGACGAGUAGAGUUGCCUAUAGGCCAUUCUCCUUAAUUCAUUCAAAAAUAUCGGAUGUCUACCAUGUGCCCAGCAUUUUUGGCCCUGAAUAUGCAGUUCAGACAAAGCCCUAACCCUUGUCUGCAUUCUCUCUGGAUGGGGUGGGUCUGGGGACUUAAUUAAAAGAGAGAUACAGAAAAAUAUGCAUUAUCAAUAGUGAAGCUAACUAGCAUUUGAGUUUGUGUUAAGAUAAGGUAAUGAUUAUUGAGCUGAGAUGAAGCAACUGACAAUAUGUUGGGUGAAAAAUAAUACUUGCAGCAUUAUAACCUCUAUUUGACUCUUGAGUUCAGGUAGUAAUUAUAGAUAGGAUAAAAAGGCCUUAAUUUUUCACUUUUUUUGCUGGUAAAGGUACGUUUAUUUUUAGGCUGUCCAUUUAGAGUAGUGUUUUAACAGAACAUUACUGUGAAAAACAUUCCAUUACAUAUUCAUAAGCAAAUUACUGCACAUUUUUAAAAUUGUAUUUUACAAUUUCAUACAAGUACUUUAGACCUCAGUCUCAUCUUCAAACCACUGGUAUUUUAAAUUUGGCAAUGAAUAUGAAAUUUUUGACUUACAGAGUGAUUGUAUUGUUACUUAAAAUGCUUGUUAAUAUUUUAGGAAGGUUGGAGUCUCCGUUUUUUGGUGUUUAAAUUGUUACUUAUGUUGAUAGUGUCUAAUAAGAGGAAAUAGCAUUUGUGCGAUUAAAUUAGAAUAUACUUUUAAAAGUUUUAAUUGUUAAACUUUGUCAUCAUGGGGUUAUAUUUUGGCCUGGUGUUCACUUACAAUCUGUUAGUAAGUUUAAUUAUGAAGUGAAAUAGUUUCAAAUAGUAAUGCACCUGCGUAUAAAUGAAAUUGGUGUGCACAAAGACACUUUACUAUAGGGAGUUGUACUGGAAGAUUUAUGAAAGCAUGUGAAAUUGCACCUAAAAUUGUAUUAGUGACUAUGCUAAAUUUAUUUUACUUGAUGAAUGAAUGUAUUUAGUGUAGUCAAAGUUACUUUGGUUUAAAUGUCUACACAAUGUCUUUUUUUAAAUGUGUUUGUAAUUUGUAGUAUUGAUGGGGGGUAUUUGGACUUGGACUGCAGGGGUUAUUGUCAAUGUGUGAUUUGUGUUUUUAUUUUAUAGAAUCAUCUAAUGUGAUAUACCGAUUUUUAUAAGUGAUAUUUAGAUAAUUCUAAUAACUGUAUAUUUGACAACCUAUUAAAAUGUUUUGCAAUUGGA